AUGGAGGUUCAUGGCUUCUUUGACUUUUCAAGAGGGUCUAAGCCCCAUCCGCAUUCCCAGACGGAGCUGUUAUUUGCCAGCAAUCUUGCAAAUCGUCUUGCUCCUCUCAAGUACGCUUGGCGGAAGCUUUCCUGCCAAGAGGCCACACCUGAAGUGGUAGCUACAUGGGCGAUAAAACAAUGUGGCCAAGAUGUUGUGGCCUCUAUUUUGGUCGCAGUCUCCGUUCGAUGUAUAGAAGUGGUCUGA